GACCACGUCAACAGCCGGGUCGUAAUCAAAACAAACGAAGCAGCGUCGAGUCGGCAACAACAAAUUUAAUUAAUCGCUUCUUUGAGACACUUUUAGGAUAGAUAGUUCGGAGCAAGAUGACCAAAUUGAUGGAAUGGUUGGCGGCGGCCGCGGCCUUUUUCGCGGUUUACCUGGCCAUCGUGACCCGGCAGCUGCGGAGUGACCUGCUGGAUGAGUACAUGUUUGAGAUUAAGCUGUCACCGGUGAUUUUGGUCGUUCUUUUUGGGCUCUACUCCGCCACGGUGGUACUGUACCGGACGUUUACGUUUAAUAAUUGUGAUGACGCCGCCAAGGAACUGCUGGAGCAGAUCAAGGAAGCGAAGGCAGAUCUGAGGAGUAAGGGGAUGGUGCUGAGUGAUUAGGGUGUAAGAUUAGCUUGUAAAAAAUAUACGGUAAAACCAAAUUAUAUUUUAAGCUA